AAAUCUCCGAAAGAAGUGGUGUUGUUGCAAACAGGAAGAGAGAGAGAAGAUGUUCAGAGAUGUGUCGAGCUGUAACACUUACAACUAUGGCGAUGCCCCCUACUGGGACGCCAGGUACGAGGCAGAGCGGGGCGGUGCUUUCGACUGGUACCAGCGGUAUUCAUCUCUCCGCCCCUUUGUUCGCAAGUACGUCCCCAUCUCUGCUCGCGUGCUCAUGGUCGGCUGUGGAAAUGCCCUUAUGUCGGAGGACAUGGUCAAGGAUGGAUACAAAGAUGUAAUGAACAUUGAUAUUUCCUCUGUGGCUAUUGACCUGAUGAGGAGAAAAUAUGAGGACAUUCCUCAGCUGAAAUACAUGCAAAUGGAUGUUAGGGAUAUGAGUUUGUUUCCAGAUGAGUCUUUUGACAGUGUCAUUGAUAAAGGAACUCUUGAUUCUUUGAUGUGUGGCACCGAUGCUGCAAUUAGUGCUGCUCGAAUGCUGGGUGAAGUGAGCAGGCUUCUUAAACCUGGCGGGACAUUUAUGUUGGUAACCUAUGGUGACCCAACAGUGAGGAUGCUGCAUGUGAACGGACCAGCAUAUAGUUGGAAAAUUGAGCUGUAUGUCAUACCCAGACCAGAUUUCAAGAGACCUGCAGGUUCUUCAUCAAUGAAGUCAUAUUUGGAACCUGUUCCCACAACCGAAAAGGGCCUACUUCCCCCAGGGUUUGUUUUGGAAGAUCCAGAUUGUCACUUCAUUUAUGUAUGCAAAAAGCUGGAUGAGUCGGAGAUAAGUAAUGUACCCACCUAUCCUUUGACAGCUGAUAUUUUAUAGGGAGUAAGUUAAGGUGGAGUCGUGUACUGUACCAUUUAUUUAAUCUGGUACUGGUUACAACUUACAACCUUUCAACACUAUACCGCUAAGCAUUUGUUAUAUACCAUUAUGGCACUGCUGAAGGGUCCUCCUGUUCUUGUUGUAACAAUGUCAAAAUUGUUGUGCUUUGAUACAUUACAAUGUAGCUAGCUGUUAAACCCAAAGACUAGAAACAUAAACAGAAAACUUAGUGGAUUGAGUACCCCUAGGCCCAGUGGUGGCAUGUUCCAUAGAGGUUUGAUGUUGAUUCUAAUUAUUACAUUCAAUGAAAUAUAGUUUUCAAG